AUGGCCGUGGAGGACAUCUUUCUUUGCUUGCCGUCCAAGAACAGCCGUCGGAGAGAAGUAGUAUCAGCACAGAGGCUCCGAUUUUCGGAUACACAAGACAAGGGAAUGCGUCAGCAGCACAACGAUGCCAUCAUCUCCAGCGCUGCUAUGCUUCUCUUCGGGCUUCCAUUGACAAGCGCCGGCGGGCGAGCCUGUUUGCAUUACCUCCUUCGUCCUGGGAAGUUUGUGAUCCAUCCUGCGAUGAAGGCCGAAGCAGGCGGGCCUGGGUUCUGGACGGUCUUGAGACUCUUCCAAGCCGUUUCUGCACCGGACACGGGUCGCAUUCACAGUUCCUUCGCCCGCCUGAGCCGGGGGUGCAGCCGCACCGGGGCUUUCUCUUUUGCUGCCUGUCUGGGCUGGGGGGCGGCCUAG